AUGGUUGACCAAAGAACUUUGAGAGAACUUGUUGCCCCUGAUGUUAAUUAUAGUGCUUUGUAUAUUGAAUAUCCUGUUGCUACUGUACCUUUCGAAUUGAAAUCUGGUUUAAUACACUUGUUGCCAAGGUUUAAUGGUCUUGCAGAUGAGGAUCCACAUAGACAUUUGAAGGAAUUUCAGGUUGUGUGUUCUACACCUUUGAGACCUAAAGGAAUCACAGAGGAUCACAUCAAUCUGAGAGCGUUUCCAUUCUCACUACAAGGUGCUGCAAAAUAUUGGUUAUAUUAUUUUGAGCCAAAUUCUAUUACAAGUUGGAAUAAUAUGAAGAAAAUCUUCCUAGAAAUAUUUUCCCUGCUUCAAAGGCUUUUCCAAUCAGAAAAUAAAUAUGUGGUAUUAGAUAGGUUGACAUGGAAUCAUUGGCCGAAUGCUGAGAGAGAUCCAAGCAGUUAG